AUGACACCCAAGGGGCGGGCCUUGAGCGCCUGCGCCGCGGUUGCAGGGAACCCCGGAGACGACAGCGCCUUCCUCAGCAUUUCGCGCACACCCGGACACAACGUCACUCAUCACCCAGCGCUUAGCAGUGGCAGCAGCGGUUGCAGGCCGACGCAGCAGCGCCAACGCGGCUUGACCGCACCGCACAGCACCGAUACCUCGGCUGCAGCAGCGACCCCAAAUCAAGCUCGCCAGCGGCCGUCUCGCGUGGCGAGAGCAGCCCUCCUUGCCUCUCCGCUGUACGCGACUUCGGGUGGUGUGGGUACCGCAACCAGCAUACGGACAAGCGACGUGCAGCCCGAUAACGGGAGCGUCUCUCCACUACCAUUGCAGUCAUCUCUACUGUGCACACCCAACAGAGAUUCUCGGUCAGCCGCCGCUGCGGCGACGGUGGCAACUGGCACCCGCGCCCCCCUCGACACGUCGACUUGUCUGGAGGAGAUACCACUCUUCCUCAACUCGUUUGAGUCUGGCUCUGAGUCGCCGACGAGGGAUGCGGUGGCAGUUGGAGGGUGCAGUGCGACACAGACGACGCCAUACCGCACGUACGACCUGCAGAGGGCGGUGGAGGAGAUGCUUCGAAACUGUCUUGACAGCUUCACCCCUGCCAAAGGGUCUGACAGGAAUGAGGCCACGCCAUACGGAUCACGACGAGGAGCGGCGCAGUGGCGGCAGGCAGCACCAUUCAACGCGUAUGCAGGGCUCGAAUCGCUUUUCUCACCGUCUACCGUAGGCGCGGGAAGGCGAGACGGUUCGAGCAUCUGGGCACCUGCGAUGCCGGAGUGCACGCCGGAUCGGCUGACAGUGCUGCAGGGAGCAUUCGCAGAGAGCGACGGUGAGGAGGUGUUGACGACGCCGCGGAGCGACCGUGCAUCGUGUGGGAUACCAUCCGCGGGCGUGCGUCGAGAUCCGAUGGUGUACUUCUCCACUGCUGCGGUGGCGGUUGUCGACAGCAGCGAGAGUCCGCGCGGGGUAAAACACGAUAACGAGGUCGGUGUGGAGUCUAUCGGCAACUUGAGCAGCGGCUGCGGUGGUUGCGGAGCUGCUGCAGAGUCCAUGUCCCAACAUUCGAGCAGCGCGCGCAGCGGUUUCGAGUAUAACUGCCAUGAUGGCAGUUCCAGUGGACCCGACGUGCUCACCAUGCUUGCCGCCGCCGUCCAGCAGCAGCAUCCUGAGCACCACCAUCGCAACACUGAAACGCGUCCCCCGAGUGCACGCAGCACAAUGGGGAGCAUGGAGCUGGGCUCCCGUGCCAUCUUGGAGCGCGAUGUCACCGGUACCAGGCAACAGCAGUCCAUGAAGCCGCCGCCCUCGUACGACAUCACUGCGCACCACCAUAAGCCGUUGCACCACGACAGUUACGCCCAUCCUGGCUACUCCUCAGCGUCGUCGUGCACUGCCACCAGAUACGCAUUGCCUCCCCCUCGACCCAGUCAUCGCCUUCCCCACGUCAAGGCCGCUGCAGGGUCACUCAUCGCUGUUGGUGGUCGUCGCGUUCCAGUAGACAAAUUGCACUUGCUUUCCAUCGGCGACGAGCCCCCAGUCGGCCAGGCAGCCGCGGAGGCGUCUUUGCGCGGUGGUCCCAAGUCACGGUCGCAGCAGCCUUCUUCUCCGCUGCGUCAUGUCGAAGGGCCAUCGAUGCGGCGGGUGCCAAAGGCGAGUCUGGUGACUGUGACUCUCGCCGGCACCGCAGGUCAGGAGGAGACAGCGGUGCCGGUGGCACCGGGCCGUCACGCUUCUGCACCGGCUAACCGACAUGACGCCCCAUUCCCGGAAUCCUCCGCCUCCUCAAACGUCUCGGAGGCGGCACCGGCACGAGUUUCGGUCACCGGCCCAUCUGCCCGUCGCGUUCCUCCUGCCAUGGCGACACAGAGGCGCUGCAGUAGCGGCGGUGCCGCCGCUGGCGUUGCGUCCUUGAACUCAGCGUUGGACGGAGAAGGCGUGCGGAAGAGUAGUGAGCUGGACGUUGUGGCGGUGUUGCAGUUUCCCAAGGGGCAGACGAUGCGCUUCUUGACGAAUUUGUCUCCUACUGCGCUGGAGACGGCAAAGAGCGUCGUCACCCGCGAUCGUGCCAGGUCGAAGCGAUUUACUGCCGGCACUGCAACCUCCGUGUUGGCGUCCAAGACGCUGCUGAGGAGCGUUGAAGUGGGCAAGACGUACCUUGCGCACGUGUACACCCAGGGGAGUCCGCACAAAGGUGUAUCCUAUGAGGAUGUUGGUGUGUGCGUGCAACUAAUCACCUCCACUUCGCCGCUCUACACUGCGCAGCUUGGCUGUGUGGAUGGGAUACUGCUUCGCAAGGUGGAUGUUUUCAUGCACGAUGAAGACCGCCGGCAGCACGAGCGCGUGCUGCAGCAGCAGACAACUGCGUACAUCGAGUGCGAGCGUCAGUUCAAGUUUUCCAAUCUGCCCUUUCAGCUUGAGUCCAUCUACUUCACCUUCGACGGAAGCGUGUGCAUCAUCUUUUAUCGUGUUGUCGGCGUGGCCAACUGGCCGUCGUCGACGUGCGCGUUGUACUGCCACCCGAACACGUCGCGUGUGAUACGUGAGCUUCAGUUUCACCUGAACUGUCGCGUGUUUCUCAAACAGUGCUAA